AUAGUGACACUGACAAGAUAAAAUUAUUUGUGUAUGUUUUUACUUAAUAAAAACAGACCAUAAAACAGACCUAUGACCUAACAAACAAUGGCUUUGUAUUUUUUAUAGAUAAAACCAAAUAUUAUUAAACAUUUCUGUUGAAUUCCUGUAUCUUCACAAUAAUGACAUCAGAAGAUUUUUCGACAUUAAGACCGCCACCUCCUCCAAAUUUAAGUAAAGAAAAUGUAGGUAUAUGGGUAGGAUGGUGUUGUAAAGGAGAUCGAGAAGUAGCCAGGGAGGCUGCUGCUAAAGGAAUUCCUGUGGACCUUGUGGUUUUAUUUAUUUCACAAAGAAAAAGAAUAAGGUCUGAAGAAGCAGAAAAUUUCUUUAGAGAUGAAGUAUUCAUUUGGGUUAAAGAACUAUUGGACCGGAAGCAGAUUUUUCGUGUCUCACACAUAUUGACCAAUAUUGGAGUAGAUCCUCAAGAGGAAUUAUCAAAAGUUUUUUGUUCUACUACCAACAUAGAAUUGAGGGAAUAUAUUGGAAAUCACCUAAAAUCCCAUAAUAAGCUGGAUGAAAAUUUACAACAGCUCUGGCAUUUUCUUGAUGUUAUAUUAAAAAAUAAUGUUCUUAUCUCUAAAUGGAAAUUGACUGAAAGUAGUAUUGAUUGUUUAAAUAAGCAAGAACACGAAUGGAAAUCUCAAAUAGCUUCCAAACUAUUUUUAAGGACACAUGACAUAUCUCUAAUAACCUUUAUGACCAGAGAAGCUCUAUGGAAACAACUUCUGGCCUACAACGACAUAAAGUUACUUAAGAUCUGGAUCAAUGUACACUACAAUGAAACCCAUGACAAUUUUGAUGUCUCUGAAAACUUACUGAAGGUCUUUAAAAAGUUUUCCAUCACCAACGAAAUGAUUAAUCAGCUGAAUUCAAGCGAAACAUCGACAAAUACAUCAAAUGUAAUUUUAAAUGAUUUAAGUCAAUUUGGCAUUUUUUGUCAUAAGGACUUGGACAGUUUUUCGAACAUUGUAUAUAGAUUGUACCAAUCGAAUCACAUACAAAAUACUUUUCAGAUCAUACGAAAGUAUACAUCUAAUAUCUCCGAGCACCAAUUUUUACAUUUACUUGUGGACCAUUGUAUUAAAAACAAUUUGCACGUUGUUUUGAGUGCUUGUGUGGAAAAUUUCGACAUUUUUGAAGACGUGGUAGAUAAAAACAGGCAUCUGGACCUUAUUUUAGAUUUUAGAAAGUUGACCCAACAAUUAACGGAGCAGAACAUAAAAAACAACAUAUUUAAAGUAUCAACGUUUUUGACCAGCAACUUGGAAAAAUAUUUUAACAAAAAUCCCUUAAUUAUGUUGUCUCUCAUAUUCUUUACAGAAAACGUAAACGUAGAAAGUAUAUUCAGCGAGAAAGUUUUUCAGACUAAUGAUAUAGUAUUGAAAGAAUCUGUUGAAAAUUUACCGAAAAAAUUGAAGUAUUUAAACUCAAUAGUAAAUAGAAAAGAUCUUAUUUUAAGUAAGAAAAUAACGUAUUACGAUCUGUUAGAGAAACAUUAUAAAGUGGACGUUAGAAAAUUGUAUGCAUUUCAGUUUGAAAACAAGCCUUUACCAGAUUUUAACAAUAUUGAACUAAGGAAUAAAUUCGGAUACUUAAAAAAGGUCAAUUAUUUAUUCUAUGUUAAACAGUUUAGACCAAGUAUAGCUUCAAAAGUAUUUCUCAUAAAUCAGUACGAGAACUUCAAGGGAUUCCCUGAAGGAAACGUGAAGCAGGUACAGAAGAAAAUUUAUAAAACAGUUUUUAGGGAUUUUACUAACAAAGAAAUGACGUCUAGUUGUAUAGCUUUUCUCGAAAUGAUAGGAGUCGAUUCAAAUUUUCUAAGGGUAGCAGCAAAAUGUGCAAAUAUUUUAUUAGAAAAUGGUACAUACAUGGAUAGUAUAAAUAACAUGUUUAUGAACAUCGAAAAUAGUCCGUAUACCAUACUCUCGUUACUAGAACCGAUAGUUAUUAAAGCUAUUGAUUUUGAUAAGUGUGUUGAAGGAAGAUAUUUCGUCGAAGCCAUGAAAACCUAUGAUAUAGUGGUUAAAUUCACCAUCUACUUCGACCUUAAGCUACCAGAGAUGUUUUUAAGAUCUUGUGCUACUAAUAACAUGUGGUUGCCGUUUUUGAUAUUCGCACAGCUAAAAAACUAUCCGAUAGAUCACCUCAAACCGAUACUACAAUCAUUCAAGAAUCCCAAUCUUUUAGAACAUCUCAACCAUAGUGUUAUUCAUGAUAUUCAAGUGGACGAUCAGAACGUUUUAAUGCGUGAAAGAGAUUCUAGGAAUUCUUUUUUGUCAAGGAUCGGUGUCAGGAAAAGUUUGGAAAAUUUGAGUCACGGAGAAUCUUUUUACAGUCUAAACUCGCAGUCAAGUUACGGAAGCAACAGCAGUUCAGGGGGAUCGGAUUUUCUGGAAAUCGACAUUUCUAAUACGAAGGCAACGUUAUUACAGACUUUGAUCAGGUGUCAUAAUAGUACUGAUCCACCUAGAGCUUUAUUACAAGCAUGUCAAUUGUAUAAAAAUCCAUUAUUGGCUAUUUUUGCAACAAGUUAUGAGCCUGAUUCCAUCAUCAAUUGUUGGUUAACAUGGUUGGCAGUAUCUUGCAGUAUCUACGAGAUGUUCACCAAUUUUGAGUCAGUUGCUUUAAACUCCCACUCAGUGGCAAAUUUGCUUAACAAUUGUAUGAAGCAUCGAUGUUCCGAAGACUUUGCUGCAAAGUUUUGAAAUUUUUAUACCGGGUAACGCACUAAGAUAUUUUUUAGAAUUUCUAAAUUUGUGCUUAACUGGUACUAGAGAUACUACAUUUCUCACAUCAAAAUUAGAAACUUUUAAAUCGUGCGUAGGCCAGUCCAGAAGAUUCAGUAUUAUCACCGAUAAUGACCAUGAGAUGACAUAUUUAACCAAUAAAAUCUGGCUAGAAAGUACAGCACUUGAUCUACUGUCCUCGGCACUACAGUACAAUAUGAAUUCAUUUUAUGAACAAAUUCUUCUCGUCGAACGAUUAUCACAAAUGAAUUUAAAGGAGUUUAUUCGUUGUCCAGAUCUAAGUAAUCUACUUGAGAUUCUUAAAAUCAUACAUGGUUCUAACAGUGAUAUUAGAUUCGACAUUGAAGCAUUUUUACACGAAAAAGACGAGCUUACGGCUGUAGAUGACUGCUUGAAAGCUCUCUUAAACAAUCAUUUAUUUGAAGCUGCUUUAAAAAUAGCUAAAAUCCAAGAUAUGCCUGUUGAUAUUGUGUUAGUUAAGCAGUGGGAGUAUAAAUUUGAAAAUCGCGACGGCAACGAAGUACAAUUUUGGUUGCAAUGUAAUCAAGAAUUUGAAUUACAUAGUGUGUCAGCAGAUUGCGUUGUUGAAUACUUUUUAAAGUAUAUAGAGAAAGUUGAAACCAACAUAGAAAAAUACCAUCUUUUAAAGCUAGCUCACCAAUGGUCGAAGAAAUACGAUUUGCCAUCAAAACAUUCUCUUGAACGAGACAAAUGGUUAAUGUAUUUAAAUUUGGAGGAAAAAUGGCGUGGGUUUGACUGUACCCUUGACGAAGAAUCUGCCCCAAAUAUUUUAUAUAAGGAAAUGGUGGAUUUAUUAUCACACAUUCCCCAAUAUGAUGGAGACAUUUCACCUGACGCCUUAAAUAUUUUAAGAAAUAUCAUAAACGAUGUCCUUGAUAGUAGUAAUUUGUGGCUAGCUCUUAAGUUGGAGAAGAUUUUCGGUUGUGACAAUCCAAAUUUAGAUACUCUGAAGCUUUGUUAUAGUUUAGCAGAAGGUAGCAUUGCACCCCAUCAACUUAACACCGAUCAGAGAUUGUUGAUUACAAAGGGAACUCAUUACAGAAAAUUUAGUCAGAGAAGGACAUUCCUAUCUGCGAGAUUGUCUGGACUAAGCUCAGCAUCUCACUCACCAGUGAACUCGUCGAUGAUUCAACAAAACGAUGUACUCGAUGCUCCAGUUCAAGAUACCUUGGCUGUAUUAUGUACUCUUGCAGAAAAGGUUACCAACGGCGUAGAUAUGGCUCAAACUAUUUUUAUGACAUAUAGAAUUAGCAUUAACAUAGAAAUUCCCUACAACUUAAUAGUGUCCAACGCGGAUUCAAUGAAAAUCCUGAGGGACGCUUUGGAAGAUGACUGUCUCAAUAAAUUGGAAGUGAUACAUGAUUUCUUCUGCGUUUACAAAUGGACUAAAGAACAGAUUGCAGAUUUUAUUUGUGAGGAAAUCAUCAUUUCGGCUACCAAAUAUGUCACAUCAUAUUCUGAUCAAUAUGUUAUGUGGGAUUUGAAAAUGGACCAAGAUUUUCAUUUAGUUUUACAACUACUACAGGACAACUGUUCGUUAUUGGGACAUAAAAUAUAUGCUUACGCCAGCGCCACACAUAAGAGCCAGGUUCUUGCUGAUCUAGACUUUAAAAUAAGCAAGUUAGCACUCGUUGUCGAGCUUCUCAUCAGUGCCCACGACUGCUUUACUGCUGACUGCAACAUGGAAGGUAUAUCUAUUAUUUUGAAAAAGUGCCAAUCAGUAAUUUCUCAUCUUCUAACACUUAGAAGCUGGAAACUUAUCGUCAGACUUUUAACAGGAAUAGGACGAUAUACCGAAAUGAAUUAUGUGUUUCAAAUCCUGCGUGAACACGAUCAAUUCGAGUUUUUGUUAAGAAAAGGUUCGCGAAAAGACAACAAUUUGAAAACAGCUCUAUUAGAAUAUUUAAAAAAGUAUUGUCCUGACAAUAAGGAAUUAUAUAAAAUCGUGGCUCUUCACUUUACGCUGUUUUCGGAAGUGGCUUUGUUGUGGGAGAGGGAAGCUUGUAGUAUUAUCAACAAUUUAAUAGCAGUAGCUAAAUUGGAAAUGCAGAAUAAUAGACUUAAUCCUGAUGCCGAACCGUUUAUAUUAUUAUCAAAUACGGAUGGAACAAAGAUAUGCCUCAAUAAGGCCAUAGAAAAUUACACUCAUGCUACAGAAUUUCACCUUCAAGGAGAGAAACUGGCCAAAGCAAUGAAUUCAGCAAAAAAAGCAGAACUGAUAGCACUUCAAAUAUCUAUGUUAAAAGGACUUCAAAAUAAUGCAACUGCUUUAUGUCUGCUGAAUUUGACUCAUCACCAGAUCGGACCGUUAAUUACAAAUAAUCUUAGUUUUGUAAUUGCCAAUAAUGUAGAUACAUCAUUUAAAUGGCGAAUCGCAGUGGCGUGCUAUCGAGAUGUUUCAAACUGGCACGUUGCUAAGGUCUUCCACACUAAUAGAAGUGUCAUUAAUCGUUUGUGGUUAAGGUGUCAAGAAACUGAAAUCAACAGAAGAAUGAAACUAGUUUGGACAUCUUUUGGUAAAAAUUCAGUUAUAUUCAAAUCAAAGAUGCCAAUUCACCUUAAGAAAAAAGCAUUCGAUCAGUGUAUACUACCACUCAUGACAUACGGCUGCGAAACCUGGACACUAAAGAAAUAUAAUAUCGAAACUCUAAGUCACUCAAAGGUCAAUGGAGCGAUGCGUGCUAGGUAUAACAAAGAGAGAUUGAAAAAGAAUAGAAUGGAUCAGACAGAAAACGAAGAUUACUGA